CGGCCCCCCGACCUCCGUGUGUCGGGGCGAGCAGCGGGGCCUUGCGGAGCCUGAAGAGACAAGGACGACCCUCCAGCCCAGCCCCGCUCCCCCGCCGCCGCCAUGGCCAUGAGGCAGACGCCGCUCACCUGCUCGGGCCACACGCGGCCUGUGGUGGAUCUGGCCUUCAGCAGCAUCACACCUUAUGGCUAUUUCUUAAUCAGCGCUUGCAAAGAUGGUAAGCCUAUGGUACGCCAAGGAGAUACCGGAGACUGGAUUGGAACAUUUUUGGGUCACAAAGGUGCUGUUUGGGGUGCAACGUUGAAUAAGGAUGCCACCAAAGCAGCCACAGCCGCUGCGGAUUUCACAGCCAAAGUGUGGGAUGCUGUUUCAGGAGAUGAAUUGGUGACCUUGGCACAUAAACACAUUGUCAAGACUGUGGAUUUCACAGAGGAUAGUAAUUAUUUGUUAACUGGUGGACAGGAUAAACUGUUACGCAUAUAUGAUUUGAACAAACCUGAAGCAGAACCUAAGGAAAUCAGUGGUCACACUUCUGGUAUUAAAAAGGCUUUGUGGUGCAGUGAGGAUAAACAGAUUCUUUCAGCUGAUGAUAAGACUGUUCGCCUUUGGGAUCAUGCUACUAUGACAGAAGUGAAAUCUCUAAAUUUUAAUAUGUCUGUUAGUAGUAUGGAGUAUAUUCCUGAAGGAGAGAUCUUGGUUAUAACUUAUGGACGAUCUAUUGCUUUUCAUAGUGCAGUAAGUUUGGACCCAAUUAAAUCCUUCGAAGCUCCUGCAACUAUCAAUUCUGCAUCUCUUCAUCGUGAGAAAGAGUUUCUUGUUGCAGGUGGUGAAGAUUUUAAACUUUAUAAGUAUGAUUAUAAUAGUGGAAAAGAGUUAGAAUCUUACAAAGGACACUUUGGUCCUAUUCACUGUGUGAGAUUUAGUCCUGAUGGAGAGCUUUAUGCCAGUGGCUCUGAAGAUGGAACACUGAGGCUGUGGCAAACUGUAGUAGGAAAAACAUACGGCCUUUGGAAAUGUGUGCUUCCUGAAGACGACAGCGGAGAGUUGGCCAAGCCCAAGAUCAAUUUCCCAGAGACAGCGGAAGAGGAGCUAGAAGAAAUUACCACAGAGAAUUCAGAUUCCAUCUAUUCUUCAACUCCUGAAGUUAAGGCCUGAGCAUGAAGCAUUUACCACAGAUAAUAAACAACAUAUGGACU